AUGGCUGCCGAAGCAGUGCCACCCCCUCGGGAUGCCGAGCAAGCUCCCGCAGACCAUGUCUCUGAGACGAGUCAAAACGAAAAGCAGGGCUUCGCAACCGCCGUCUCCGCGUCCCCGGAUAGCGAUGAGGUCUCAGUCAACAGUAGCCUCAGACCGGUUCCUUUGACGUGGAAGCUGGCCUCUGUUGCGUUGGUGACUGCUAUCGGAUUUGGUUCUCAGUGGAGUUCCGGUCUCAGUGGCGCCAUGAAGACAACGAUGAAGAAGGAGAUGAAGAUCAACAACACGCAGUUCUCCCUUUUGGAAGCUAGUGAGGAUUUCAUGGUCACGGCUCUAAUGCUUCUCAGCGGUGUUGUUACGGACAGGAUUGGUGGCGCAGGUGCCAUGUUGUACGGCAACUUCCUCUACUCAGCCGGCUCAAUUCUUGUGGCAGCAGCAGCUCAGACCCGCUCUUACAAGUUUAUGAUUGCUGGCAGAGUGAUCCGUUCCCUGGGAGAUAUCGCGACUCAAGUGGCGCAAUACAAGGUCUUCUCAUCCUGGUUUGCCCCUGGCAACGGCUUUGCCUCGACUUUGGGCUUCGAGCUGGGCAUCGGCAAGAUUGGCGCAUUUGCUGGAAAGUCAUCUGCUAAUAUCAUCGCCAAGAAGACGGGAGAUUUCGCCUGGGUGUUUUGGGUUGCAGUUUUCAUGAAUCUCUUCACGAACGUCAUGACGGGCGUGUUUUACUGGUUUACAAAAGUUGCCAACAGCAAAUUCCACGGCGUCAGUGACCCUGCCACCGGCGAGAGGUUGAAGGAAAAGACGAAGAAGUUCGAGCUGCGCAAGGUUCUCGAAUUGCCGUGGGCCUUCUGGGCUGUCAUGGGCUUCUCGUUAUUCGAAACGAGUACUGCCAUCGUCUUCCUGCAGAACGCCACCGAGCUCGCCGAGCAGCGCUUCGGAACAAGCUCCAUCACUGCCGGUUGGUACAGCGCCACAUUGCAAUAUGCUGUGGUCUUCUGCGGCAUCGGAAUGUUUACUUCCAUGUUGCUCGUGUGUUUCGCCAACACCACUCAGGGUACUGCUGCGAGUUUCGGAGUCUUUGCUUUCGCCUACUGCUUUGGACCAGCCACCAUCAUUGACAGUAUCCGCACAUCAAUGUGGGACUCGACUGUCUUUGGCUCAGCAUAUGCUCUGAAGAUCACCAUGAACAACGCAAUGAACAUUGUCGUCCGCGUCAUUACUGGUGUCAUCCAAGACAACGACAACAACUCUUACGAUAAAGUGACUAUUGUCUACGUCAUUCUUGCUGGAAUCUCUGUCGUCGUUUCUUUCCUCCUGACGUUCGCGUCCUGGAAGUCCGUUGACCUGGGACAUCUUCAGUGGACACGCAAACUGCGCAUUGCGCGUGGCGAGAUCCUGAACGUCAGGAAGGAAAGGUUCUACGGACAGAAUGGCGAGAAAAACAGACUCAUCUCUAAGAGCUGCUUCGUAGCAUUGAUCGUCCUUAUCUUGGGAAGUUGGUGCGGAUACUUCUGGGGAGUUGCGACUGGCAAUAACACUUCAUGA